GUUCUUGACGUGCGAAUCAAUACCCGCGCGCCAAAAUCAGGAUAAAAAUGACCAAAUAUAAAACUCGUCAGACAUCAAUCGCCAUCUUAUAUAUAGUUGAUUGAAAGGAGCCGUGAGAUAAAGUCGUUAUUCCCGACCACCAUGAUUCUCGUUAACCACCUGGGUUUCGCAGAUAUCACAAGCCUUGUCUUUGGCCUUGUCACCGGCUCUCUCGCCGGCAUCUUCGUCUACCGCAUCGUUCUCAAACACCUUUUAGCCGCCGAUGCUCUACCACUCAACGGUCCAUCAAACAAGAGCAAGAUAUUCGGGGUCAUGCACGAGAUACAAUCCUCUCCGGAUCCUGGUAAGCUGUAUGAAGAUUGGGCGGCGGCGUAUGGACCCGUAUACAAGGUUCCGACGCUCUUUGGUCGAUCGAAGAUUGUGCUGUUGGAUCCAAAGGCGCUUAGCCAGUUCUAUGCAAAGGAAACUACGGUAUACGUGGGGGCACCGUCUACGAAGAGAUUUAUUGCAAGGAUUUUCGGAAAAGGGCUGCUUUGGGCUGAAGGGGAGAGCCAUAAAAGACAACGGAGAGCACUUACUCCAGCCUUCAGUAACGCUGCACUUCGAAGACUUACCAGCGUUUUCUAUGACUCAGCAUACAAGCUCAAAUCAUAUUGGGAUAACGAAUUAGAAAACAACCCUGACGGUGACGUUAUCGAAGUGCAGCAUUGGAUGAAUCGUGUCGCUCUCGACAGCCUUGGUAUAGCCGGAUUCUCCCACAACUUUGAGUCUCUGGAGGGUAAACGGUCAGCCAUCGGUGACGCCUUCGAAGCCCUUGGGCGAGCUCCCCCAACUAAGCUUUCUGGAAUGAUAUUCCUACUCCAAUUUGUGUUUCCGUGGGCGGGUUAUAUACCCACUGAAAGGAAUGUGCUGCUGUUGAAGAUGAAAAGGACUAUGAAGGAGAUUGCGAAUGAGAUGCUGGAGAAGAAUAAGAAAGUGGAAGAGAGUUCAGGAGGAGGAGAUAAGUCGAUCAUUGGAUUAUUGAUCAAAGCAGAGAACACGAGCAAAAAGGGUGAUGGUGAUAAUAAACUGCACAUGACAGCGGAAGAAGUUGCAGCUCAGAAUGUGCUCCUCGUGGCAGGAUACGAAACCACUUCCAUCAGCCUCACGUGGGCGCUCAUCGAACUAAGUAAAUCCCUUGCGAAGCAAGACCUCCUCCGUAAGGAACUUCUCGGUACAAACGACGGACAUGACCCCGAAUGGGACGAUCUCAUGACAGCCGACAAAUAUCCCUACUUGGAUGCAGUCGUUCACGAGACGUUGAGAUUACAUCCACCAGUAGCCGAGACGACGAGAAUGGCAUCCGAAACAGACGUGCUCCCCCUCUCGAUGCCCAUUAUCACUAAGGACGGAAAGGAACUCACGUCUUUACCUGUAGCCAAAGGUACCCACCUCACCUCGCCUAUCUCAUGCCUGAAUCGCUCCGAAUUGGUGUGGGGGAAACGGGCAAAGGAGUUCAUCCCCGAACGUUGGAUAGCUGGGAAUCACGGUUUCGAAGAGUCUGAGGUGAUCCCAGCUAGUGCGAAAUCGAUCCAGGGACAUCGACAUCUGUUGACGUUCAGCGAUGGACCGAGGAUCUGUUUAGGAAGGAACUUUGCGCUUUCUGAGUUUAAGGCGGUCCUCUUUGUUCUUAUCCGGAACUACAGUUUCGAGUUCCCUAAUGGACCAGACACGAAGAUUUCAAUCGCUCGUGCUCUUCUACCACGCCCGACGGUGGAAGGUAGCCAAGGUUUAGGACCGAAGGUACCUCUGAGGGUAAGAAAGGUGGAGGCGGAAUAGGCAUAGGGAGAUCGGGAUGUAUGUUUUCUAUGU